AUGUCCAAGCACUCAGCCCCAAGGCUCCUGCUGCUCACGGCGCUGGCUAGACAGGACUGCAGUGGGCCUGUUGGAAGACCCUCCACCAGGCCCCGAGGAGCUGAUGUGACGGCGCCUCGGCCCAGCAACUCCCAGCAAAAGAUGAAUCUGUACCUACCUACCCAUGCCUUCCAGCGCUGGCUGCUACUCCGUUCCCACCUCCACGACGUUGUGGAGAAGGAAAAAUCCGCUGAGCUGCGUCCGACCCGCCUGACACAGGGGCUGGAGCCAGUGCGUGUGCUGGAGGUGGCAGCGGGGCUGAGAGCUGUGGUGCAGGAUGCGGGGGCCGGCCGCUUUGUGCUUCUGGACGGUGCUGGUUUCCUGCACCUGUACCGAGACAGUGGCUUCGUGGAGAGAAAGCUCCAGGCGCCUCUGCCUCUGGCAGGGCUGCUGAGGGUGCUGGGCCAGAUGGACACCGUGGCUCACUUCGUGGGCUGGGGCCCCUUGGGCCUGGCUUUGUUGAGGCCCGACUUCAGCUUGCUCUGGCUAAGUGAGCCCAGGGUGAGGCAGAGGCUCCAACACAAGCCCAUUAGCUGCCUGCUAGUACCCAGCCUGGAGCAGCUGCUGGUAGCUGACACCGGAGGAGGCCUGUCCCUCUGGAAGUUCCAUGCGGGAGGGAACUUACUGCUGCGGUGCGGGCCCCCUCUACAGCCACAGCCAUGCCCCCAGGCAGCCUUCAUGAGGUUGGUCCUGGGACCCGAGACAGCCCCGGGUUCCAGCUGCUGCUUCGCCGUGUAUGGCUCCGAAGUGCUCACCCUCACCGUCGAGCUGCACUCCUGGGCCCUCGUAAACGUGCACCGGAAUCUCCAUAAAACCACCAUCAUGGACCUGGUGUACUGCAGAGAACUGACCGCCACCAUCACGGCUUCCCGGGAUAGCACGGUGAAGGUGUGGGAGCUGAACUGGCAGAUCCGGAUGGUAUUCCUAGGCCACACAGGCCCAGUGACAGCGCUGGCUCUCCUUCCGGACACAUCCCUACUGGUAUCAGCCUCGCAGGAUGGGACGCUUCGGACGUGGGAUCUGCAGGAAGCGAUGCAGGUGGGCGAGGUGGCGCUAGAUUCUCUGGGACCGGUCCAGCCGCUGGGGCCAGUGACUGGCCUGCUGCCGCCCGCCGGCCCAGGCCGCCCACUGCUCUGCUUGCGCACCCUGAGCCUGCAGUUGUGGCGCCUGCGUACCCUCUACAUGCCCCUGGCUCAGCUGUCUGCACCAGUGCUGCAGCUGCAAGUGGCACCCCCCCUGCCCGGGCCCAUGCAGCCCCCCAUGCAGCCCCCGCUGCCCGAGCGCCUCGUGUGUGCCUGUGCUGAUGGCUCAGUCUACCUGGUGUCAGUAGCAACCGGGCUGACCGUGUGCGUCCUGCUGCUCCGGCCUGAGGACAGUGCGGCCGCAGUGGCCUAUUGUCUGCCGCUGGAGGUCCUGUGUCUGCUCACGGGCGCUGGACACCUGGUGUUUGCCACAGCAGCCUGCUGCCCCAUGCGCGUGCUGCACCGCAAGCUCCCGCCACCACCCCCAAGUCCGCGGCCCUGCUGCCUGCACCUUUACAGCCACGUCUCGGACCCCAAGAGCGCAUUCGACUCCUGGGAAAUGGUGCGACAGCAUGGAGCCCAGGUGCACCCUUCAGACACGGCCGGGACCUGGAAAGACAAGAACCGGUACUUGCCCCUGGUGGGGCACACAGAUGGCAAGCUGGAGGUUCUGGAGCUGCUCUCCUGGAAGACCACCUUCUACACAGACGCACACUGCCCUAGCCCUGUCAUAGCCAUCGCAUCCACCUGGAACAGCAUUGUCACCUCUGGUGGGGACCUGAUGGUGAAGGUGUGGCGGGUCUUCCCCUAUGCCGAGGAGAGCCUGAGCCUGCUUUGCACCUUUCGCUCCUACCAUCCGGCCGUGGCACUGUGCAUCCUCGGCAGGACCAUCGCCGUGGGCUUUGAGAACCUGGACAGCGCCACCUAUGGCCUGGUGCACUUCAGCCUGGACCACGGCCCCCGUCAGGACCACCCACCCCAGGACGAUCCCACUGAUCACAUCACUGGCCUCUGCUGCUGCCCCUUGCUCAAGCUGUACGCCUCCUCCAGCCUCGACUGCACCGUUCGCAUCUGGACAGCAGAGAAUCGUCUGUUGCGGGUCCUGCAGCUGGAUGGGGUCCCUCAGGCUCUGGCCUUCUGUGGGAACAUUGGGGACCUGGCGCUCGCGCUUGGCUCCCGUCUCUGCCUUGUGCCACACAGCCUCUACCUGCCCACAUCCUACCUGCUCAAGAAAGUGUGCCAGACACCCCCUGACGUGGUGGAUGACCCUCCUCUGCCCUUGACUCACCGGGCGUCGCUGACCGCAGACCAGCUGCAGAGGCUCCACAGCUCAUGUGGGGUCUGCUCCAUACUGGCCAGCCGGGCCUCGAAGCUGGACCUGAAGAAGCACUUGCCCAGUGCUAGCAGGGCCUCAUCUCCCCGCACAGCCACCCCUCAGCAGCCCGUGACUGUGGAGACUAACCCCGGAACCCUGCAGCAGGACUUGGAAGCUCUGAUCAACCGGGACGACGACCUGAAGAAGCUGAAGCUGGGGCUGGUGGCCCGGACUCACCACCCCUUGCUGUCCUGGCGGCAGCAGCAGGAGGCCUUCGAGAACUACUUAAGUCUCAUCUAUGGUCCAAGCCAGAAGGACUUGUCCACCGGCCAGGCCUCCCAGCGCAGGAGCUUCUGGGAGAGUGAAGCCAGUCCCAGCCCCAUGUUCCUGCAGGCAGCUGACCACCAAGUCCUGGAGCCAACAGCAGCCCUGGAGAUCCUAGACCUGCUCCCGCCCGUCCAGCCUCUCCCAGUCUCCUUUCCCAUAAUCCCCGUCUCUCCAGAAGUGCACAGCAAAGCAUCCCAGCUACUGGCUAGCUCCUCCCUGAGAAGCAGCCUGAGGCUUAGCCUGGACCUGCAGCUUCAGGAGUCGAAGCAGCUCUUGGAGGGAAGGCCAAAGAUAGGGCCACCCCUGAGUGCCCUGCAGCAUCAGAUCCCCCUGCAGCUGAAGAUGGCGACCAAGGAACUUGCCCCCAAGACCAGAGGCUUCUUCCCCGCCACAUUGGGUUCCAGUAUGGUAAGGGGACCCCUUCCUCCCUGCACUCCUUCCUUGUACACUCCCCCUUUCCUUCCCUUUGCUGAAAACAAUUGUAGCGUCCCGCCGCCCAUCCAGUUCCCGGGCUGUGUGCCCAACUCAGUGGUGCUGCAGCAAAUGUGGCUUUCUACGGAGCUGCCCCGUCUACCCACCCUCUGGAAAAUACCCUUCCACCUCCAGCGCCAGGCAAGCGGCUGGGGAAGGGGCGGGGUGCUCUCUAGCGCCCAGCAAGCACCUCAUGGCCACUCGUCCAUCUGCCUGCAGAUCCGGACCUGGGGCAGAGUGUGGCCAUCCCUCAAGCGGUGGCUGUGGCGGCGGAAGCUGGUCCUGUAUGGGGACGAGGAGGACGAAGAGGAGGAUCAGCGGAUGUCCUAUGACUUUGCAAACGAGGACGGUCGGCAGUCUUUGCUGCAGGACGGAGAGGAGUUACAGACCCUGGGGCAGCUCAUGCAGGGCCAGAGUGACAGCCCCGUGGACUCAGCCCAGAGCCAGCAACACUCCCACAGAAGAACUCUGUUGCAAGAGCGCUUCGGGCAUCUGCCCCAUUUCCUGCUCUACUUCAUCGUCCAGAACUGGUUCAAAAACCUCUUCCCCCUCUUCACCCUGGAGGCGUACCCCGAGAUGGGCACCGUGGAGGGUCUCGCCUCACAGUUCGUGGAGCUGCUGAGAGACACGUCCUGGGCUGACCGAGUCCACCUCCUGCGCGCUCUGCUGCGGCUGCUGCCGAGUACAAGCCAACAGCUGCGGGACCGUCUGUACGACCUUUUGGUGCUGAUGCUCAACCAAGAAAAGCCGCCCAGCCUGGAGGAUGAGACGCAGAAGAAGUUCGUGAUGCUGGCCAUGCAGCUGCUCCUGGCCUGCUCGCUGGAGUCCAGCGAGGUGGUGGUGGAGCUCUUGUCCUACUUCCUCUACUCACCGUCCUCCUGCUGGCCAGAGAUCCAGAGUCUGCUGGUCCGGAUGGGCCUUUGCGACCCUCAUGGCUUCCUGUACAAGGAGAUGCUGACCUGGGUGCAAGGCCUGUAUGGCAGGUCCAAGGCCUUUCUGCACAUGCGCUGCCAAGAGAAGCUGGAGGAGAUGAUCCAGAAGAUGGAGGUGUGGGAAGGGGGAGCCUCCUCCAUCCUCCCUCAACGCCCUGUUGGGGCUCUUGGGGCUACCAGGGAGGGCAUAUGCCCCGGGCACUGCCCUGCCUUUGGCAGCUGCUUCGUGCAUCAGCCCCCUCCCUCUCAGAUGGCGGACACCGUGCAGGAGGUGGUGUCUACUCCAACCGCCCAGACCUCGGCACCGCUCCCUAGACCCAAGGAUUCGCUUCCGAAGAUUCUUUCUUCCUCCAAGGCACCCUCACUGCUCCCUCUGAGACCUGCGGGGCUGGCUGUGCCCAAGGAGAUUAAGGGGCAGACCUGGGAGGUGGUGCGUCCGCUGUCACCCCCAGUCAAGCCCUGCCACAUCCAUCACACCCGCUGUGUACUCUCGGAUGUGCUGACACAGUUUUCGCCAGAUAUGCUAACCACCUCCAGCCUGGAGGAUUACGGUUCGCUGCUGCCGGAGCAUUCAGACUGGUCACAGAUGCAGGUGCUGGACCUGAAGGCCAUGGAUGCACUCAACUACUUCUGCGAGCAGCUGGGCACCAUGCUGACCACCUGGCAGCCUCAGAGGCUGCAGAGGCGCACCCUCGACCAAUACCUCUGGCCCAGCCAGCACGCGGGGAGCCCCAAGGUUGUGCUCCCUCAAGUCAAGAAGGCCCAAAGGUUCUACCCCAUCUUCCGGCUGAUGGAGGCCGAAGUCCAGAGAACUGAGAAGCGGAGCUAUGAAUGGGAAUCCCUCCUCCAGCUGCAGGAGGCCCGGGUCCGGCGCUCUAGUAGGCUGAGUGGGGAGUGGAGGGCCUACCUCCGGCUGCAGGAGGCCCAGGUCUAUCGCACUUCCAGGAGGCUGCACGGCCCGCAGGUGCAUCACCCACUCCGAGCGCUGAAGCUGCCUCUGCCCAGAGUGGAGCUGCAACCCUUCCCCCCCAACUGGCCACGGCCCACCCGCCCGCUGCCCCCACUCCUGCUGCAGCCUGCCCUGCAGCGCUACUUUGUGCCAGAGGACACGAAUCCGAACAGAUACACCUAACUUUGGAGCUAAGGCCUCCGCCUGAGCCCCAGUCGCCUCUUUCUAGCACUCCAUGACCAUGCCUAAGGCUGUAAUAAAGAGCAGUGGCCACACACAACCAA